CACGUGCCCAGUCAAACUCAAGCGGGUUACAAUCGUAAAGCACUGGGUAAAUGCUGGAUAAACAAAUGCAAUGUCACGAAGUUAUUUUAUAGCUAGAGACAGACGACUGAAGUCUUCAGCAUGAUAGUGUUUGUCAGGUUUAACAGCAGUCAGGGCUACCCGGUGGAGCUGGAGGCAGGGGCGAGUGUGGCUGAGCUGAGGGAGGCUGUGGGGAGGCUGCAGGGGGUCCGGCCUGAGGAGCUGAGGGUCAUUUUCGCCGGCAGAGAACUGAGCAGCGACUGCACCCUCCAGGGGUGUGACCUUCCUGAGCAGAGCACGGUGCACGUGGUUCUCCCGCCCCCGGCGGCGGCCCGUGGGCUGGACGUGGUGCUGCAGAACCGGCUGGGCCGGGGGGUGGACAGCCUGACCCGGGUGGACCUCAGCCAAUCCCGACUGCCCACGAGUUCUGAUGGACUGGCCGCGGUCCUGGAGACCAACGCGGAAACGGGUACACAAAACGAGCCCAGAUCCCAGAGCAGCUUCUAUGUCUUCUGUAAGACGGUGUGCCGAGCCAUCCAGCCGGGAAAACUCCGGGUCCGCUGCCGCACCUGCAAGCAAGGAACACUGACACUCAGCCGGGGACCAUCUUGCUGGGAUGAUGUCCUCCUUCCAGACAGGAUCCACGGAGUGUGUCAGUCCAGUGGCUGCGAUGGCAGGAUGGCGGAGUUCUACCUGAAAUGUGCCGCCCACCCCACCAGUGACAGCGACACAUCUGUGGCCCUGGACCUCAUCACCGCCAACGUCCGGGGCGUCCCCUGCAUCGCCUGCACCGACGUCACGAGCCCGGUGUUGGUGUCUCAGUGCCCCGACCGCCAUGUCAUCUGUCUGGACUGCUUCCACACGUACUGCCUUACCAGGCUCAACGAGCGACAGUUCUUCCAUGACCCGGACAUCGGCUACACCCUCCCCUGUGCAGCCGGCUGUGCCAACUCCCUAAUUAAAGAGGUCCAUCAUUUCCGGGCCCUUGGAGAGGAGCAGUACGAGCGCUACCAGCAGUACGCAGCAGAGGAGUGCGUGCUGCAGAUGGGCGGGGUCCUGUGCCCCGCCCCUGGCUGUGGGGCGGGGCUGCUUCCGGAGAACGGCCAGCGCAGGAUCCAGUGUCAGAGCAGCGGCGGGCUGGGCUGUGGGUUUGUUUUUUGCCGGGAGUGUAAGGAUCGGUUCCACGAGGGGGCGUGUCUAACGAGGUUGCAACCGGAGACAGGUGCGGCCCUCCAGGGCUGUGCCAUGGACGGGGAGGCGGCGCGGCGGGCUCGGUGGGAGCAGGCUUCCAGGGAGACGAUCGAUGAGACCACCCGGCCGUGCCCGCAGUGCCGAGUUCCUGUGGAGAAGAACGGCGGCUGCAUGCACAUGGUGUGCCCGCGCAGUCAGUGCCGCUUCGAGUGGUGCUGGCUGUGCCGCGUGGAGUGGAACCGCGAGUGCAUGGGGAACCACUGGUUCGGCUGAGCUCCCGCCUGCCCCCCCCACCGCCGGCCCAGAGCAUGCUGGGACUCAGGGACCCCAGAGCAAAGAACAAUCAAAUAAUUAUUAUUUUUUAAGGGUGUGACUCCUUAUAUUGAUCGUUUACUGGUAAAUGCAGCCCACGGGGGGGUCAGCGACAUCACUUUUAGAAUGUAAACCGCACAUGCGCUGUGCCUGUCACUGUGGUGCUGCGUUGAGGGUCGGGGUGAGGGUUGUCGUGUUCCUGCAGCGUUUCGGAUGUGGUACUCAACGAGCACCCCUGUGAACACUGCAGUUUACUUCACAUUUAAAUACUGAAUUUCUCCGUUUCGUUUGACGAGAUAAAGCACAGAAUAUGCGACGCUACCUUUUUUGUUCUGGCUCCUGGAUUAAACAGAAUUGUCCGCGCCACUUUGAUUUAAUUCCCUUUCUGCAUGAUGUUAACAUUCAAUUGCCUGUCGGCUUCCAUAAUUGGCCAACAGAGGAAGACAUGACGUUACUGUUGAAUUUAUAGGAAUCGUUUUCUUAUUGUACACUUCAGAAUUAUGAAGUCUGACUCUCAAUAAGCACCAGCCCUGGAUCUCUAAUAUCUUUGAAUGUCUCGCAUUCUAAAAUAUGCGUGAAAAAACAUGAUUGUAUUUUAUAUUUCUGUUAAGUGAAAACAAUGUCCUGAAGGAGAAUUCUAAUUGUACACUUUGUACUUAAUUGUGUGAAUCCAUCAAUGUUUUCCCUUCAUUUUACAUUGUUCAAAAUUGCCUCUGAAGUUCAUUGUGAUAAAAAAAAAAGGUCUAAAUCAGCUUAAUGCAAUAUCAGGUGAACAGGACAAGCUGUCACAUUUUUGAAAAUGACUUUAUUGUCUGCAUGCAAAUAGGCACUGUACAUGAUAGGAUCAGUGUUUUCUCUACAUGAAACCUUUAAAAAAUGUUUUUUUAACUUAAUGUCGAUAUGAUACAUUUUGUGUUACAGUGUAAGUAAUUUAGAGUAACCCUGUCAUCUUGUGAUAAUUUAAAUUAUUUUGUGUGAAUUACACAAAAGAUAAUUAUUAUCUUGCUGGAACUGGAAAGGUUGUUAACCAUGGAAAAUGGUCAGUUGCAGAUACGUUGUGAUUGUGAUGCGUGUGAAAACAAGUAAUUAUUCUUGAAUAUUUAUUUCUCACAGGACACCACUACCGUUUAGAAGCAUAACAUGACUGUGAUAAUUUGUGACACUAAUUAUCGGGGGAGGUUCUUAUGUUUUAUUUUCAGUUUAAUUCAUGAGCUGUAUUGUAAUGUUUAAAUUGAUUUGAAACAGCGGAACUGUAUUUUGCUACCCAAGGGCUGACUGAGAUGAAUAUAAACUGAAUCCCGUUUGGGCUAAUAUGUGAUUUAGAAGCACGGUUGCUUUUAUUACAUGAGCUAUUAAAGGGCUGUAGCUGAUUUUGGAGUUUGUGAAUCUGCCUGCUCUGUGUGUGUGGGUUUCCUGGCCUCUGUGUAGUUGUUUGAGGUGUUAUGAACUUUCAUAUCACGCGGCAUAAAAGAGCAAUAAAGAUCUGAUCCGG